GCUGCAUCCAGGAGUCCAGCAUGAAGCUCUCCGUCGUCUGUGCCGUCCUGUUGUACCUCGCCUUAGUGCGGGCUGCACCCCAGCCAGAGGUCAAAUGGUGUUUAAAGUCAGAAGAGGAGUUGAAGAAAUGCAACAAACUCGGAUCGCUCGGCUGCGUGCUGAAGAAAGGAACUCGGGAAUGCAUCGAAGCCGUUGCGAAAGGUGAAGCAGAUGCCAUCACUCUGGAUGGAGGAGAUAUCUACAUAGCAGGCCUCAAACCCCAUAACCUUCACCCCAUCAUCGCAGAACAUUACGGAUCAGAGCAGACGUGUUACUACGCUGUUGCUGUAGUGAAGAAGGGCAGUAAUCUUGAACUCACUCAACUUCUUGGCAAGAAGUCAUGUCACACUGGUUUAGGGAAAACCGCAGGCUGGAACAUCCCCAUCGGCACCCUCAUCAACAAGAAACAGAUUGCUUGGGGUGGCAUCGAUGACAAACCUCUGGAAAACGCGGUGGCAGAGUUCUUCUCAGCCAGUUGUGUCCCAGGAGCGUCACAUCCAUCUCUGUGCAAGUUGUGUAAAAACAAGUGCCAGCGCUCUCAAGAGGAGCCAUAUUAUGAUUACGAUGGAGCUUUCCUGUGCCUGAAGGAGACGGAUGCCGAUGUGGCGUUUGUGAAGCACCUCACAGCACUCGGUGAAAAGGACAACUACGAGCUGCUGUGUAAAGACGGCGGCAGGAAGCCCGUUGAUGAGUAUAAAACCUGCAACCUGGCCCAAGUUCCUGCUCAUGCUGUCGUCAGUCGCUUUGACAAAGACCUGGCUGAUCGUAUCUUUGAGGUUCUUGAGACACUGAAGGACAAGGGUUUGUUCUCCUCUGAGGGCUUCGGUGCAAAAAAUCUCCUGUUCAAAGACUCGACGACGAAGCUGCAGAAGCUCCCAGACCUGACCAUCUCCUACAUCUACCUGGGAGAACAGUACUGGAAUGCCAUCCACUCGCUCAGGAGAGAAAGCACAGCCAGCGAUUCGUCGUCGAAGAUUAAAUGGUGCACUGUGGGUAAAGCUCAGGCGAGUAAAUGUGACACGUGGAGUUUAACCAUCGCCGACGAAGAUGGCAACACCAGGCUGGAGUGUGAAUCUGGCAACACGGUGCAGGAUUGUAUCAAGAAGAUCCUGCUGAAUCAGGCUGAUGCGAUUGCGGUGGAUGGAGGAGAAGUGUAUACUGCUGGAAAGUGCGGUCUGGUGCCCGCUGUGGUGGAGCAGUAUGAUGAGGACAAGUGUAAAUCUGCAUCAGGAGAAAGCUCGUCCUAUUACGCAGUGGCUGUAGUGCGCAAGAACUCCGGCGUGACCUGGAACAACCUUCAACAAAAGAAGUCGUGUCACACCGGUGUGGGACGUACAGCAGGCUGGAUCAUUCCCAUCGGUCUCCUCCAUAAAACAUACAAAAACUGUGACUUCUCGAAGUUCUUCAGUGGAAGCUGCGCUCCUGGUUCAGAUCCUGAGUCAGACCUGUGUAAAGUGUGUAAGGGAGGUGAAGCCGGCGCAAACAAAUGCAAAGCUAGCAACGAUGAACCGUAUUACGGCUACGGUGGAGCCUUCAGGUGUUUGGCUGAAGGUGCUGGUGACGUGGCCUUCGUUAAACACACCACUGUAAAGGAAUACACAGACGGCCAUGGACCAGAAUGGGCUAAGAAUUUCAAAUCAUCAGACUUCCAGUUCAUCUGUCCUGGUGGCUCUGCUGACAUCAAGCAUCAUGAAAACUGUAAUUUAGCCAACGUUCCAGCUCACGCCGUCAUCACUCGUCCAGAGAAACGUGCUGAGAUCGUAUCAUUCCUCAAGGAACAGGACGCGAAGUUUGGUCAUUCUGGCACAGACAGCUCGUUCAGGAUUUUUACAUCUGACGGGGAUCAAAAAUCGCUCUUCAAAGAAUCAACAAAGUGUCUCCAAGAGGUUCCAGAAAAACAGACCUAUCAGGGCUUCCUGGGGGACGCUUACUUAGACGCCAUAAACUCUCUGCACGAGUGUCCAAAGAGCAAGUCCGAGUUGGAGGAGACGUGCACCGCUCGCACUUGCCCAACAGCCUAAAAUGGCCCAGUUUAUCUUGGAGAGGGCGUAAAAAAUCUGAUUGCAGCUUUCUCUCUCACCUGUUCUUGAUUUCUGGCAGUUCUGAAAUAAUAUACAUCUACAAUCAAAACCGUUUUAUUUUGUCUCUUGCACAAAUAUACAAAUUAUGGUGAUACAUGCACAUAUGUAGUCACAAACAUACACACACCUUAAGUAAUCACAAAUGUAUUCUGAUUUAUAUAACCACAUAUACACUGAUUCCUUUUUAUGCUGAUUAUAUAUUCAAAGCCGAGUAUGUUGGUUUUCAGUAAAGAAUAAAUGAAGUUAAUUCUAUUAAAAGUCAUAAUAAAUUGGUUUAUGAAUGAUCAUAAUUACAGUAAAAUACAAGAAAGACAUUGAGAUUGUCUACACUGAAGGUAGUUUUCUGUUAAACCACAGGCCUGUUCAAAAAGUGUAUUAUUCUAACUCCAGCACCUGCAGCGUUCUCAUGGGAUGUAACGAGUUCGCCAAGACCAUGUUGAAUUAAGCGAUUGUUCAUUCUGGAGUGUUUUGCAUGCUGACAUAAUACAUUUUAUGACGUUAUUCUGAAUUGGGUAUUGUUACAGGCUGCAAUGUGCAUUUUUAUUUAUUUUAGUUUUUUUUUUUUUUUUUUUUUUAAUUCUCUGGUGUGGUAGACUGGCCAAGGCCAUGAGUGUUGUGUUCGUUUGCACCUGUAUUAGCCUUAAAGCUGAUUUGACCCCAGUCAUUUUGAAUCCUGUAUUGUACACACUGAAUGCUGUGUUGUUCAUGACGUACCACUUCUUAUCACAUGUUUUGAUUCUUUCUGAAUUGACCGUUCAUACAUGGGUAAAUUUGGCUCAGUUGAUACAAAAUAUAAGAAGCGCCCAACAGAAAAUGCCCAAUAGAAAAUGUUGAAGUGGUAUGACGUGGCAUGUUCACCAAUGAGAUUAUUUGUAUACACUGUGGGGGUUUUUUUGAGACAGUAUAAAAUGAGAACUUUGCGAUUUUGAGUUGGUUCACUCUGCAGACUGAACUCGGCUUCUAUUAUUUGAUUUAAUAAAGUUCUAAACCUUUCUGCAA